AUGGACAUACACCAGCAACAGACCUUUCUCACAAGGAUCACAGACCUGUCAAAAUUGUACAUGGACCAUGUAAAGACAGAGAAAGAAGGAUCAGAAUUGAGAGACGCAGUGGAGAGUGUCGGAAAUGGUGAUAUGAGGGGUAGCAGUUCAGCCGCAGCUAUAACGGAGCCGUUCGCGACCAUAGUCGUGGAAGCCCUGGAGCGAGGAAAAUGGAAAGUCGCUGCAGAUAUUGGGCUGAUUUUGGUAGAAACACGAACAUCCCUCCUGGGUAGAGAACAUUCGUUGACUCUGACGGCCAUGGGAAAUCUCGCAUCCGCCUACUUUGGUCUGGGUCGCUGGCAAGACUCCAUAGAUCUUGGAGAAACAGUGAUAAAUACCCGAAAAAGAAUCCUCGGAGACAAACACCCCCAAACGUUAACAUCAAUGUCGAACCUUGCCUCAGCGUAUCGUGGUCAAGGUCGGUGGCCGGAAGCCGAGAAGCUUCAGCUAGAAUUGAUCAAAGUUAAGAGAGAGACAUUAGGAAAUGAUCAUCAAUCAACAAUAAGUUCUGUCGGUAACCUAGCAGCCACGUAUGAAAGCAUGGGGCGAUAUCGCGAUGCCGAACAGCUUGAAGAGGAGCUGGUGGAACAAAGCAAAAGAGUGUUAGGGGAUACACAUCGAUCCACGUUGACAUGGAAGUCCAAUUUGGCCUCAACAUAUCGUGAGGAUGGACGUCUUCUCGAUGCGGAGUCGUUGGAAUCAGAGGUUCUGAAGACAAGGGAAAUAGUUCUGGGAAAGAACAAUCCAUUGACUCUAACGUCGAUGGUCAAUUUAGCCUUCAUUUAUCGUGAACAGGAUCGACUAGACCAGGCCGCCGCAUUGGAAGAACAGGCUCUGGAGAACCUUUCAAGUGUUCUCGGUGACGAGCAUCCACAGUCUCUCAUGGCAGCAAAUAAUUUGGCGUUGACUUAUCAUUGCCAGGGCCGGUUAGAGGAGGCUGCACGUGUUGGGGUGUCAACAUCGGAAAAAAUGGCCACUGUGCUCGGAGACCAGCACGCAAUGACGCUCACAGCGAAAGCGCGACUAGCUAUGAUUUACCACAGCCAAGGAAAAUAUAAGGAAGCAGAGACGUUGACUGUCGAAGUGCGACAGUUGAUGAGAGACAGCCUCGGCGAGGAACAUCCUCAUACCAUUUCGAUCACGGCUAACCUAGGAGCCAUAUACCAAUCACAAGGCAGGUGGGACGAGGCCGAGCCAGUGAUCGAGCUCAUCACCCAGAAGCGAAAGAGAAUUCUGGGCGAGUCGCACCCAGACACUAUCGCGUCUAUGGAAGAAUUGAUGAGAAUAUACCGAGUGCGAGCGGCUGACAGGCAUUAA